AUGAAGAUUACUCAAUUGGCCAUUUUAUUUAGCAGUAUAUAUCAGUUGGUAGCUAGUGAUCUUAUCACGUCGUGUGAAACACUUCCAGAUGAAUAUGUUGAGACGACAGCCUACUCAACUUCCUCAGGUACAGGUUAUGUCAAUGGUGUACAAAUGGUGGUGGUAUAUGAACUAUACAGCUCGGUAACAUAUGAGAGCGGGUGCGGAAGUGCACCAUCUGCUGCUAUCACAACCAAACCAUUUUUUAAAUGA